GUACUGCCAGGUUUCCUUGCAGUCGCACUCCAGAAAUUUCACAAUCCCUAGCUCCCCCGAUAUUUCAUUCAACUCGAGGUUCCAUCGUUGCCGUCUCCGGCCUCCUUUCUGUUUCGUCGUUAUCGGUGGCUUUGGCAUCUCCUUUUUUUCUCUUUCGCCGGUGUGCGUAUACCCUUCUACCUUCGUACUACUCUGCGAAAAAGAAGCAGGACAUGGCUGCUUCCCUACAUAUUCUAUCAUUCUGACGUUAUACAUCAUUCUGUGAUCCUGUUCUCGGUGUUUCUUUCUGCAAGAAAUGAUCCUUUGCAGGCAUGACCUUUGUCUGAUAUCAUUUAACAACCGGAGCUUAUACAAUUAGUGGCUAGUUAUCUUCAAUUCUAACGAAAGGACAGCAUGCAAGUUGUUCCAGCUGAAGGUGAAAAUGCAUUGUUACCUGUUGGUUCAAGGCCAAUGGAGUGGUCUACUGUCCCAUAUAGGGCUCCACAAGCCCCUGGGCCAAAUGGAAAGAUGCGGACAUCAAGUUUGGACUCACCAAUCAUGUUGCUGACAGGUCAUCACAGUGCUAUAUACACCAUGAAGUUCAACUCAGCAGGAACAGUGAUUGCAUCUGGAUCUCAUGACAGAGAAAUUUUCCUCUGGAAUGUACAUGGGGAUUGCAAAAACUUCAUCGUAUUAAAAGGUCACAAAAACGCUGUUCUAGAUCUUCAUUGGACUACAGAUGGGACUCAGAUAGUGUCAGCCAGCCCUGACAAAACUCUGAGGGCAUGGGAUGUGGAAACAGGAAAACAAAUAAAAAAGAUGGCUGAACAUCUGUCAUACGUGAAUUCAUGUUGCCCUUCUCGGAGGGGGCCGCCUCUUGUUGUCAGUGGUUCUGAUGAUGGGACUGCUAAGCUGUGGGAUAUGCGGCAAAGGGGUUCCAUCCAGACAUUUCCAGAUAAAUACCAAAUUACAGCUGUCAGUUUCUCCGAUGCAUCAGAUAAGGUAUUCACCGGUGGUAUUGAUAAUGAUGUCAAAGUUUGGGAUUUGCGUAAAGGUGAGGUAGUAAUGACACUUCAGGGUCAUCAAGAUAUGAUAACUGGCAUGCAAUUGAGUCCUGAUGGUUCCUAUCUUCUUACGAAUGGCAUGGAUUGCAAGCUUUGCAUAUGGGAUAUGCGCCCUUAUGCCCCUCAAAAUCGCUGCGUGAAGGUAUUGGAAGGGCACCAACACAACUUUGAAAAGAACUUGUUGAAAUGCAGCUGGUCACCCGAUGGAAGCAAGGUCACAGCUGGUAGCUCAGAUCGAAUGGUCUACAUAUGGGAUACCACUACACGACGCAUCUUGUACAAGCUUCCUGGCCAUACUGGAUCUGUUAAUGAGUGUGUAUUUCAUCCAAAUGAACCUAUUGUCGGGUCUUGCAGCAGUGAUAAGCAGAUUUAUCUGGGGGAGAUCUGAGGCUUUGACAACCGUAGGCAAGAGUUCUACUUGUAUGUGCCUGGUGGGUUGGAGAUGCUGGGUUACGUGUUUUGGGGAGAUCUGGGUCGCUUGGUCAAUUUAGUGACUGUAAUAUUCUGGCGCAGUAUUUUCGCUCCUCGUUUUGUUGCAGAACAUGUUAUCUAAGAUUUAGCAUCUAUGGGUAAGGUGUCAUCGACACUGAACUUCAGGGGCUUAUGUUUUGAUCUGAUGGUGAUAUCCUUAUCCCUCUGAAAUAGUGUUCCGAGGUGAUGUAAGAACUAAGAAUUAUCCAUUGUUAUCAAAUUCGUGAGUUAACUUUUGAGUUUAAUA